UACGAAGGUCUGCCUUGUCCAAAAGAAGCCAAUCAAACCCGGGUGUUUUGAAAAUACCACUGCGGAUGAUAAGUUGUAACUGGACCGAACUUAUCUAAACGCACUAAAAGAACAUUUGAAUAAUAAUAAUAAGGGGGUUUUAUAGUAAUCAGUCAUGGACGAAGGGGAAACCGUUUCCAAACCCGAUAGAAAAGAGUUACGCAAGCAGAAGUUGAUGGAAUAUUUGGCUGCAAAGGGAAAACUUAAACCCAUCAAUCCAAAACCCUAUCUACGCGAUGUUGCUCAUGUGAAAAAAUCGUCCACGUCUGUUGUGACGGUAUAUACGUACACAGGGAAAGAGAACCAGGGUCCAAAUGCUCUGAAAGUGAAGAAGGAAGGAGGGAAGGUUCCGCCUUUAAGUGGCAAGGCUGGUUCUCAAGCCACCGGCGUGCCACGUCGCAGCACCACACAGAAAGCCACAAUAACAAACAACAACAAUAAACAAGAGGCCAAUAAAGCCACUCGCACACAGACAUUCACCACAGCCUCCUUAACUGCACGAAUCAAUGCCCUCAAAUCCAUCACACAGUCAGUUGGCCCAAGGCGACCUGCAGACCAAAAGCAGGCCCCAAAUGGAAAGAAAACCACUGCUGUGAUCAGGCCACACACACAAGCAGCCAGCCAGCCCAGAGCGCAGUUAAAUCAAUCUGUAGCAGUCUUGGCUCACCCCAGCCAAGAACAACCCCUAGCAAAAGUAAAAUCAAAAAAAUCUCAUCUAACUAGUGGAAUGCAACCUAGCACUCUCCUCAGUGCAUGCACACGGCCAAGCACUGCUAACAGUACGAGAAUGAGCAUUGGUACGGUGGUAAAGACCAAAACAGGUCUCAAUCCCACAGUUAUUCAGCCCAGGAACACUAAUCCACAAGCUUCUGGCUCUGUUCCAAAUGCAUCCACCAGUACCAGGGUCCCCAGUAGAGCCCACUCAGACAGUUCCUCAUCUGCCGCCAUCUCCCAGGAGGCAUCUGUGAUGCAGAGGAAAGCACUUCCUGUCAGGGCUGUAGACCAGAGUGUUGAUGGGAAGGAACAUCCGAGUCACGUUUUUCGCAGGGCGGAGUCCAGAUCCGUCACAGCUAGACCUCCUCAACUAGGGUGGCAGAGACCCCCAGUUACUGCUUCUAGGACCACUCAGCGGACCACUGUGCGGCCCAACACAGCUCCAGGGAAACCUGGAGGGAGGGUGCACCCCAACACAGCUCCAGUGAAACCUGGAGGGAGGGUGCGGUCCAACACAGCUCCAGAGAAACCUGGAGGGAGGGUGCACCCCAACACAGCUCCAGAGAAACCUGGAUGGAGGGUGCGGCCCAACACAGCUCCAGAGAAACCUGGAGGGAGGGUGCACCCCAACACAGCUCCAGAGAAACCUGGAGGGAGGUUGCAGCCCAACACAGCUCCAGGGAGGCCUGGAGGGAGGGUGCUGGAGACUCGCUCCACCAGACCACCAAUACUUCCUGUUCAGAAGACGAAAAGGGUUCUACAUCUGGGAGCGAGGGUUCCAGCUGAGGCAGGAAGCACUGCCUCCAAGAAGCCUGCCCGUCCAGUGUCAACCGGGAGUAACCAAUGGCAGGCGACGGCAUUGAGCCGGGCGAUGCAGGCGGCUGUGGCCGAGCGCGUCCAGAAAGACAGCGUCCCGUCGGCUGACAGGCAGAACGCGGGUUCUGAAACGGCCCGCUCCAAGGCCAUUCCGUGCAAGAGAGACACAGCGGCUGGUGCCAGGGUGCCGGUGAUGCCGCAGACCGUGCCGCGAGCUGCCAGGCCCGCCAGCCAGGGGUGGUGGCCGGGGGGCGUGAAGACGCCGGUCGGGCAGGGUAGAGCCGCGCCCCAGACGGAGGGCAAGAAGAACGUGACAGCGGCUCAGGAGGACAGAAUGAGGAGGCUCCAGGAGUGGCGAGAGGCCCGGGGCAUCUCCUACAAGCGCCCCCCCAUGCCUGUGAAGCCCCGCCCCAGACGCACUACGGGCCCACCCCAGCCCUACUGGGCCUGCAUGGAGCAGGAGGAGGAGACCCAGGCCCUGGUCCACGCUGUGGACCGCUCCCUGGACGACUGCAUCACACUCCUGCUGGAGGGUUGCCCUGUCUCCCAGGUCCAGGGUGUCUUAUCCCGGCUGCCAGCAGUGGCCCAGAAGUUUGCCAAGUUCUGGAUCUGUCAGGCUCGCCUGAUGGAGCGCGAGGGGCGCCUGGACGUCCUGCCCAUGUUUGAGGAGGCCGUGAGAGUGGUGCUCGAGCCCGUGGACGAGCUGCGCGCUGUGGUGUUCGACAUCCUGAGGAAGAAGGACAACGUCCAAGCUCCCCCCCCUGAGAGGGGUGUGGAGGACGCCGGGACCCCGGGGCAGGAACUCAGCCCCUCCAAGAGCCCUGUGGACCCCAUCAGCACCCCCAAACCAGUCAAAGCCCUGAUCCACGGAGACCAGGGAAGCUCCUCAGUGGUCAAGUACAAGAUUACUGCCACUCCAGGUGGCUUCCGCAGCCAACAGAGGGAGCCGGCGCGCGUCAACGGCCAUGAGCUCCGCUUCUUCACGCCCGUGCGGCGCUCAGUGAGGAUCGAGAGGUCUUCACUACGCUACCCAGCAGCCCUUCAGGACCACGACCUCUGUGUGACCUCCUACCAAGACUUGGUGGUCAAGGAGGAGAAGGAAAGAAUGGGGGAGGGGGAGGAGGGUGAAGGUGAUGGCAGCUCCCCUCAGAUGACCCCCACCGUGUAUGUCUACAGGGAGAACGACGCCCUGCGAGAUCAGGUUCACAUGCAGCUCGUCUAUGAAGAAGACUGAUAGGGGGUGGGGAGGGUUCCUCUUCUCUGUGUGAGGAUUUGUGAUUUGAAAACUGUAUAUCCGACCAUCUGACCAUAAUCUGUCUUUGUGGCAAAAUAUGAAUUUGUACGAUUAUUUUCUUCUUCGUAAGAACAUGUCAUUGCAAACACCGUUUAUCAACUGGAUAAGGCCUGUUAAAAGAAAAGAAAAAUGGUGUUAUGUACAUUAAAUGUUGUUUUGAUGUGUAA